UAAAAAGGAAGAACAUAUUUCACUGUUUGUAUACAGUAGAAGAGCUGUCCCGGAGUACACAGCUUUCAUGUAAUUGUCAAAGGAAAUGUGUUGCAAAAGUAUUAGUAGUACUAUAGUUAUAACAAAACCUCUUGAAGAAAUGGAUGAUGAUUACUUCAGGGUCAGCCUUUUCAUGCUUCUACAUAUAAACAUGUCUGUCUGGAAGACCUCCAGUUUAAAUAUUUACUGGUAGUUAGAAAAGCUAACUACUUUUCCAAGAAGGCUUGUGUCUCUCUCCUCUCUCCUUCGCUCUAAUUUUUGUCCACAUUCCACCAACUUCUCUCCCAAGCUAUAAAUAUCUGCCUGUGUCAGAUUGGACCGGAGCGAGGGAAAACUUAGUGGCUGUACAGAAAGAGAAAAAGAUGGGGGAAGUAAGGAUAGAUAGAUUGGGGGAGCGAGCUGUGGGGGGUGAUUUUAAAUGAAACCAGGAGCGUUGUGUGACCUGUGAGUGGGGGCACAGGGGGGAGGGGGAGUGUGUGUGUGAAUCUAUGCAAGUUGUUGUUCCGCCUGCGAUUCGGACGGAUUUGGAAUUUGGGCCGCAGACCAGGAAUUUGCAUCCUGGGGGGUCAGGGAGGGGGGGUCAGUGGGAGGGUGGAGGAUGGCAGUGCAGGGGGCCAGAGGGGGGGGGUAGGAAUGGGCUGUCCCUCUUUCCUCUCUGCCUCUUUCCUUCUCUCUCUUUCUCGCCCUCCCCUGCAUGCAUUCAGCUGCUCCAGCUGUCGAUCUGCCCACUCACUCUCUCAGGGCCAUAGAGGCAGGAGCAGGACAGAUAGAGGGACCACUUCUGCUCUCCACACUCACACCACAUCAGGGACCACCACCGCCAGGGGACUAGAACAGCACUACACGGACUCAAACCAGGGACCUGAAGAUAACAGGAAGAAGACGAAUUCACACAAAGGAAGAAGACUUGCCUAUACCGCUGCGCUGCUCUGAGCACCACAACAAGCCGGCAGCUUCUCUCGUCCUGACCGGAGGCACCGCUACCUGUGUGACCCGCCGGCUGUGCCAGGGUGUGUGUUUACGUGUGUGAUCCGGUCCUAUCUGCCAGUCAGUCCGUGAGCAUGCAGGGCGUGUGUGCGGCGAUCCUGUGUGUGUCUGUGUUCCUCCGCAGUGCUAUUUCACAGCCACCUACAGAAAGUGACACCUACACGGAAUGCACAGAUGGGUAUCAAUGGGAUCCUCAGACUCAGCACUGCAAAGACAUAAACGAGUGUGAGACCAUUCCGGAGGCCUGUAAGGGGGAGAUGAAGUGCUUCAACCACUACGGGGGCUACCUGUGCCUCCCCCGCUCUGCCUCAGUCAUCCCAGCUCCAGACCCCCCCAGCCAGCCUGGGACCAACCUGGAGAGCACCGCCAGAGAGCCCUUCAACCCCUGUCCUCUGGGCUAUGAGCCCCAGGGAGACAGCUGUGUGGAUGUGAAUGAGUGUGAGAGAGAUGAACACGACUGCCAGCCCAGCCAGCAGUGCAUCAACACGCCGGGAGCCUUUACCUGCCAGUGUCCUGAGGGUUACCGUAAGGUUGGCACCGAGUGCAUCGACAUUGAUGAGUGCAGAUACAGGUACUGUCAGCAUCGCUGUGUCAACGUCCCCGGCUCCUUCUCCUGUCAGUGUGAACCAGGCUUCCAGCUGGCCGGCAACAACCGCUCCUGUAUUGAUGUGAAUGAGUGUGACAUGGGCGCCCCCUGUCAGCAGCGGUGUUAUAACACCUACGGUACCUUCCUCUGUCGCUGUGACCAGGGCUACGAGCUUGGGCCUGAUGGCUUUGCCUGCAAUGACAUAGACGAGUGCAGCUACUCUAGUUACCUGUGUCAGUUCCAGUGUGUCAAUGAGCCCGGGAAGUUCUCCUGUCAGUGCCCAGAAGGCUACCAGCUGCUGGGCACUCGACUAUGCCAGGAUAUAAACGAGUGUGAGACCGGAGAGCACCAAUGUACUGAAGGACAGACAUGUGUGAAUAUCCACGGUGCCAGUCAGUGUGUGGACACCAACCGUUGCCAGAGCCCUUACGUCCAAGUAUCUGACAAUCGCUGUGUUUGUCCUGUGACCAAGCCGGCCUGUCGAGACCUACCCUUCUCUAUCGUCCAGCGCUACAUGAGCAUCACGUCGGAGCGCUCCGUCCCGUCAGACAUCUUCCAGAUACAGGCCACCAGCGUCUACCCCGGAGCCUACAACACCUUCCGUAUCCGCUCUGGAGACCACGACGGAGACUUCUACAUCAGACAAAUCAACAACAUCAGCGCCAUGCUGGUUUUAGCCCGGGCCGUGACGGGGCCCCAGGAGUACACACUGGACCUGGAGAUGGUGUCAGUCAACCCCCUCCUGAGCUACCAGACCAGCUCGGCUCUGCGACUUUCAAUCUACGUAGGGCCUUAUGCAUUCUAGAGGGAGGACAGAGAGUCAGAGACAGAGAGGGGGAGACACACAGUAGAGAUACAAGAGAGGAGAAUUAGGACACACAGAACAAUCUAGAAUUGAAAGGGGUCAUAAACAGAACAGUCAGAUAUUGUGACAUGAUGUCAGACGUUUGUUAGCUUCUCCUACUUCAUGACCUGCAAAGGAAACACACAACUCAAAUCACAACCCUCUGGGAAAGCUGAGAUAGAGUGAGGUAAAGAGACAUUUCUAAAAAUGAAUACUUUAUGGAUAACGUGUGACUGAUAAACAUCAAUAUGACGAAGUUAAUUUUUCCCCAGCCCACACACCGUUCAUUUCUGUUCCCUGCCUCUUAGCUGAAGUCUCCUGAAGUAUAUUUUUCGACUGCUCCACGCUGCUCAUUUGUCAUGGUCCUUUGAGCCGAAUAGGGACAAUUACCCUAGUAACCUUUAGUACAAACCCCUGUCAUGUUUCAGAAACACCCUGCAAUUGAAGAUGAAGAACAACACGUUAUUUCAUCAUUCUCAUCCCGUCUCUGUCAUUCUCUUGCUUUGAGCAGGCCCAUUCUCACGCCUGUGUUUUCAUGCUACUCUCAUUCCUCAGCCUUUCAAUCCUUAUCGUCCAUGGACACGACUCAAUAACCACUCAGAUCCAACCUCCUCAUCCACCCUGUCUCUCCUGCAUCCAUCUCUCGCCUAAAUCAUAGCUAGUAUUAGUGCUGAAGCUCUCACACACUCACUCACUCAUCAUUUGUAGAUUUGUCACAUUAAUGAUUUUGUUGUAAUUUUGGUCCAGGAAGCUGAUACAAAAUAAAACGAUAUACAUUUUAA